CCGACCCCCGGCUUUCCCCGGCCAGAGUUGGUGGCAGGACCUCGUGGGACCUCGUGCGACCUCGACCGCUGCUUGUGAUGCUUGCCUUCUCGCUGCUUUCGGCGACUCGGCCUCUGCGGAGAUGUGGGCGGCUGGGCGGCAUGGCUGUGCGGUGGCAGCACCGUGAGGCAGCCCGGACCCAAACUGGAGAAGCAGCGAGGGGCUGGACAGGCCAGGAGAGCCUGGCAGAGAGUGACCCUGAGCUGUGGGAGCUGCUGCAGAGAGAGAAGGACAGGCAGUGUCGGGGCCUGGAGCUCAUUGCCUCCGAGAACUUCUGCAGCCGGGCUGCUCUGGAGGCCCUGGGCUCCUGUCUGAACAACAAGUACUCAGAAGGUUAUCCUGGCAAGAGGUAUUAUGGGGGAGCAGAGAUUGUGGAUGAAAUCGAGCUGCUGUGCCAGCGCCGGGCCCUGGAGGCUUUUGACCUGGACCCUGCGCAGUGGGGAGUCAAUGUCCAGCCCUACUCAGGGUCCCCGGCGAACCUGGCCGCCUACACCGCCCUCCUGCAGCCUCACGACCGGAUCAUGGGCCUGGACCUGCCUGAUGGGGGACACCUCACGCAUGGCUACAUGUCUGACGUCAAGCGGGUCUCGGCCACGUCCAUCUUCUUCGAGUCCAUGCCGUACAAGCUGAACCCCCAAACUGGCCUCAUCGACUACGACCAGCUGGCCCUGACGGCGCGCCUUUUCCGGCCAAGGCUCAUCAUUGCUGGCACCAGUGCCUACGCCCGCCUCAUCGACUACGCCCGCAUGAGAGAGGUAUGUGAUGAGGUCAAGGCUCACCUGCUAGCAGACAUGGCCCACAUCAGUGGCCUGGUAGCUGCCAAGGUGAUCCCUUCACCUUUCAAGCAUGCGGACGUUGUCACCACCACCACCCACAAGACCCUCCGAGGGGCCAGGUCGGGGCUCAUCUUCUACCGGAAGGGGGUGCGGACUGUGGACCCCAAGACUGGCCGGGAGAUCCCGUACACGUUUGAGGAUCGAAUCAACUUCGCGGUGUUCCCCUCCCUGCAGGGAGGUCCCCACAACCAUGCCAUCGCCGCAGUCGCUGUGGCCCUCAAGCAGGCCUGCACCCCCAUGUUCCGGGAGUACUCGCUGCAGGUUCUGAAGAACGCUCGGGCCAUGGCAGACGCCCUGCUGCAGCGCGGCUACUCGCUGGUGUCCGGUGGCACCGACAACCACCUGGUGCUGGUGGACCUCCGCCCCAAGGGCAUGGACGGGGCUCGGGCCGAGCGCGUGCUGGAGCUCGUGUCCAUCACGGCCAACAAGAACACGUGUCCUGGCGACCGCAGCGCCAUCACCCCGGGGGGCCUGCGCCUUGGGGCCCCGGCCUUGACCUCCCGACAGUUCCGUGAGGACGACUUCCGCAGGGUGGUGGAGUUCAUCGACGAGGGUGUCAGCAUUGGCUUGGAGGUGAAAAGCAAGACGGCCAAACUCCAGGAUUUCAAAUCCUUCCUGCUCAGCGACCCCGAGACCAAGCGCCGGCUGGCUGACCUCCGGCAGCGGGUGGAGCAGUUUGCCCGGGCCUUCCCCAUGCCUGGCUUUGACGAGCACUGACAGCAUCGUGGAAAUGGGGUGCACAGACUGAAAUUUCUUCUCCCUCCCCGUCUCUGGGCCCACAAAGGGCACGCCUGGCUCCGGCAUGUCUGCUGGAGGAGAGAGUGUCCCUCCCCACAGCCCGGCACCCACAUCCGAGUCGAGACUUUUCGUAACAAGACUUGUAUCUUCCAGGGGCUUUCCGCCCUGAGCUCGCCCCCUCUCAGUGUUAGGCUCCCCGCUCUCCUGAGGGGGAGUCGCCCUCCUGAGCCAGCAGGAGGGAGGGGUGGGCACCCUCCUUUCUGUUUUUAUCUAAUAAAAUGCUAACCUGC